AUGGCACACGCAACCUCUUACAAUGUCUUCAUGUUGCCAGAUUUAGAGGCAUACGUCCAUGGGAUCAAAUUCAAGAGCAAAUUGAAGAAAUGGAGCAAAUCACAGGGGUUCAAAGACCUUUCACCUGAUAACUUAAAGGAAUGGUGCACGGAUAGUUUUGUACUCGAUUCCUUGUUAAAGGUGAACAGGUAUAAAUCCAGUCCUAUAAAUUCACCAAUUUCACCAUUGACUCCGGAUAUCUCAUCAAUGGCGUGGAAGGUCCCUCCUUGUAGAGGUAAUCUCUUGGAUGACUACAAGCAGUCAUCUACUUACAAAUACAGAGAUUUUAAGAAAUAUUAUCACAAUAGUGACGAUUCUCUGAAUGACAAUUUUAAUCAUCGGAGGACCAAAUUCAAAAGAUUUUGGCACAAGAUAAAGGGACAUAAAAACGAGACUUUUGCAAAUAGUUAUAAAAGCAGUGAAGUAUCUACAAGGCAGAAUCGUUCCAUGAAACUAACUACUACGAAAGUACUUCAACCAACCGGUUGUAAAAAUGGAGAUGAUCAUAAGAAUCAAUCUUUGCUGUACAAUCGAAAGUGCAAGGGCUCAACAAAUGUGUUGAGAUUACUUGAACUAAUAUAA